UUAAUUAUCUGUCGCGGGAAUUGUUAUCACUAUAUAUUAAAAAGCAAUAACAAAUUAACAACUAUUUUAUUUGCCUCUAAUCUAAAUAGUUUAUUCUCUACAUCCGAUAAAAAAACGAGCCAAGACUUUAGAAGGCAAUAAAUAAUUUACUUUCAUUGAUAUUAAUAUAUAAAAAAAACUUAAAUUAUCAGCGACAGUUUUUUUAACUUUUAUAAGUAAUAGUGCUCUUACUGGGUGUUUUAAUAAAAUAAUAAUAAUAAUAAUAAUAAUAAUUCUCCGGCCAACACCCUCAGGCCUUUAGUCUCGUCUCCUCUCCAUCCGACCAAAACACCCUUCUCCUCCGACCUCCGGCGCCGCUUUCUUUUCUCCCAGCUCGAUUUUCAUCCAAUCCAAUACCUAUCUGAAGGCCGCGCAGCAGCUACUACGUCAGCGUCCCGCCUAUCGGUUGCGUUGUUUUAACCCUAACAUUUUUUUUCCUGUCAAGAAAGUAGAAUCCGUAAUAGCUUUCGAUUGGCCAACGGGGUCGUCGUGGUAGCUCUUCCACCAUAAACCGGCCCCUCCAGUUCUCAAUCUGUUUUGGAAUAGAGCUUUAUUUGAUCGACGCCGCCGAUUCUGUUAUCAACAGGUCAUUGUGAUCUUUUGCUUCAAAGUUCAGCCAAAUUGAGCUGCAACCUUUUUGUUUCUCUUAUUUACCUUUGCUUGGGUUUAGCAGGUGGCGUAUCUGAAGGUGCCUAGCUAUCAGCUGCUCAUUCAGUCUUGCGGUUACUGAAGACUUGUCUCCACAUUGGUGACUUAUGGGUCCUUUGCCUGAUAACACUGCCGAUGGAUCAGUGACCAACAUGGAGCAGUUUCUUUGCGAACGAUUAGUUGACCCCUCCCAGCCAAUAUCUGAAAGGUUCAGGGUCCUCUUUUCGCUUCGUAACCUCAAAGGCCCCGGACCUCGGGCUGCUCUUAUUCGAGCAACAAGGGACUCCUCUAAUUUGUUGGCACACGAGGCUGCAUUUGCAUUAGGCCAAAUGCAGGACUCUGAGGCUAUCCCAGCUCUGGAAGCAGUUCUAAAUGAUCUCUCUUUGCACCCAAUUGUUCGCCAUGAGGUGGCUGCAGAAGCCCUUGGUGCAAUUGGGUUGGAGAGUAAUAUACCACUUCUGAAGAGAAGUUUGGUUGUAGAUCCAGCUCAGGAGGUCAGAGAAACUUGUGAACUGGCUCUCAACAGAAUUCAGGAGAUGAAUGCUGCAAAUGGCGGUGAUCAAUCAGCCGCAAUGGAUAAGUCCCCCUUUUUGUCAGUUGAUCCAGCUGCACCAGCAUCCUCUUGUUCUUCUGUCAAUGAGCUCAGGGAAGUUCUUCUUGACGAGGAAAAAGCUAUGUAUGAACGAUAUGGGGCUCUUUUUGCACUCCGUAACCAUGGUGGAGAUGAAGCUGUUUCUGCUAUAAUAGAUUCAUUACAGUCCAAGAGUGCCCUGCUUAAGCACGAGGUUGCCUAUGUUUUGGGCCAGUUACAAAACAAAGCUACUUCAGCUGCACUUAGCGCCGUACUUGGGGAUGAAAACGAACAUCCAAUGGUUAGACAUGAAGCUGCUGAAGCUCUUGGUUCGAUUGCUGAUGGUAAAAGCAUUGCACUUCUGGAGGAAUUCUCAAAGGACCCUGAGCCUAUCGUCUCACAGAGCUGUGAAGUCGCCCUAAGCAUGCUGGAAUACGAAAGAUCAGGAAAAUCUUUCGAGUACCUCUUCAUGCGAGAUCCACUAGCACAGGCUUAAACUAGUCAUGACUCUUCCUGCAAAUUUUCAAAGCUGCUAAACCUCAAAACAGUCGGUAGUCCUUGACUGAAGCAGUUUAUAGCUUUCAAUACACAACAGCAUCUAUCUUUUCUUGUCGAGAUGAUAUGUUGAUUUAAGUUUGAUAUGAACAGUCAAUACCAUGAACUCAUUAAUUUAUCUAAGCUUUACCAAAACUGUAAUACAAGCUAGAAUUGGAAGAAUCAGAUCCGAGAAGGCCCUAAAUUUGUUUUUCUGUUUGCUGUUCUUACUGUUCGUUCGCUCUACCCUUAAACACCAACUAUAAGAUUUUUUGCCUGGAUGGAUGAGUUUUUCCAUGGCUGGAUGAGUGAACUGAAAAGAGAAGGGCCAAGUGACCGAUUGCUCAAAAUCUAAUUAUUUUAUCAACAAUAUUGUAGUUGAUUAGCACUCUGGUCUCUGUAACGUUUCUUUGUUGGAAGUGUUUUUGUUCGAGUCUCCUGUACCAUACCAGAAUUAGUUACCUAAAUAACAAGG